AUGGUGUUCCUUCUGGAACCGUUUCCAUUAUUAUGUCGAUGUUCACAAACUUUCGUUCCGCUUGGGCGCGGCUUGGUUGUUGGCGAGCAGCUGGGGCUGUCGCCCGUCCAUUUGAACGUUCAUUUGGCGCGGAGCGGCGGUGACGGUGACGGCAGCGGCGGCGGUGGCGGCACAGGUGGUCGCGCGGCGGCGCUAGCUGCACAGUUCCCUGGUGCGGCUGGCGUGUCACUGCUUUCGCUGCAGCUCAGGAUCCCCCCCGUCGUGUUACCCGGGCAGGACUCGUAUUGCUCGGACACGUUAACUGAGGACCUUCAAGCGCGUCUGAGCAUUAGCUGCAGCUGCAGCGGCAUUGGAGCCGCCGUACGGAAUGGAAGCCUCGAAAACUUGAGCAGUGCGGACCUGUCAAGCCUUGUGUACGACACCAUGAUGAGCUGGGCAGCCUUCAGCUCGGCCGACCCGCUGGUGUUAGAGUGUCUGCCGUCGUCGGUGUCGUACAGCAUCGUCGCGGAGGUGCAGGUGACGUACCGCGCCGCGCUUAGUGAAGCGGGUCGGCUGGUGUACCUGUCCUUGUGCCCCCCUGGAUCUGGAUCUGGAUCUGGAUUUGGCACCUCACAGCAGCAGCAGCAGCAGCAGCAGGAUCUCUCGAAUGAGAUAGCCGUACAGCUAGGAAUCGGCGGCGCCGCGGCGUGCGGCGUGGAUGACGCCACCAGCGCAUCAGCGGCCCCGCCGUCUUUGUCGGUAUGGCAGCCGAUAGAUAGGUCGUGCUGUGAAGAUGCGCAAAAGAGUUUCGACCUACAGGUCUACGGGUUUGACGGCUGGUCGCAGGCCGCGCCAAGCAGAGGAUCGAGCGCCACGGACAGUGGUGCGGCUGCCGCCGCCACUGGGUCUAGCAGUGAAGCCGGCGGCGGCGCUGGGUCCAAUAGCGCCGGCGGUAGCAUCGGUGGCGGCGGCGCUGGGUCCAGCACUGGCGCCGGUGGCGGCGUUGCUGGCGGGGGCGCUGGGUCCAGCACUAGCGCCGGCGGGGACGGACCUAGCAAUGCUAGGCGGGAUGACGUCGGGUCCAACAAUGCCAUCAGCGGCGGCAGCAGCAGCGGCGGCGGCGGCGGCGGCUCGGCGAGCUCAAGCCCCGGCAACAUCGCUGCAGUUGCUGGCGGCAUUGCCGCGGCAGCACUUGCGCUGAUCUUGGUGUUGGCGGCGGUCACCACAGUGCUUGUACGGCGGGCGCGGCGGCAACUGCGGGGCCCUAACGGGGUUAAUGGCGGCGGCGGUAGCGGCAGCAGCGGCGGGAAGGGUAGUAAAACCUGGCAGGAGAGGUUUGAUUCGCCAUGGGAGCAACCUUCGCCGCCACCAUCGCCACCACCAUCGCCGCCGCCGUCACGUCUUCUUUGGAAUCUCCUUCCCAUGGCCACACCAGGGCCUCCGCUUGUGCGAGGCUUCCCAGGGUCCAUGAACCGCCGCCGAGCCGCGGUCUAUCAAGCGCAGGUCGUACCGCACCUCAACCAGAAGGAGCUGCUACAGCACCGCCAGCUUUCAAAACAGCGCAUUGUACGGGAAAAUGUUUUAAAGGGGCGUGGCGGCGGCGCCUGGGAGCAUCCGUCGGAUGAUGAUGAGCAGGAGGAAGCUCCUUCAGUGCAGCAGCGGCUGCAGCAGCAGCCAUUGCCGCCGCUAGCGCCGCCGCUGCAGCAGCAGCAGCAGCAGCAGCGCGUGUGGCAUUGGGGGCUGCACCAGCUGACGUGGCCGCUACUAUUACAGAGACCGAAGGCACCGUCCCGAAGUGAGGGAGGCCCUUCGACGUUUUCCGGAGGUGCUCCUGCCGCUACUGCCGCUAUUGUUACGUCUGUUGGGCAACAGCCGCAGCGGCGGCAAGGGUGCCAGCAAGGGCAAGGUGGGCCGAUGGUGGCGGCAGUACGGCAGUGGCGGUACGCUGCGGAAGCUGCCCGUUCCGGAGGCGGCAGUACGAGCGGCUGUACGAGCUCAGUUGCAAGCGAGACAGGCGUGAUGGCUUCUUCGGUGGCGGCAGCAGCGGUGUCGCUGCCGCCGGGGACGCUGCAGCAGGACCCCCAAGCUACGGCGGUGACGGCGACGGCGACGGCGAGGGCGAGGGCGGCAGGGGCGGCUGUGGCAGAUUCGCCCAAGCAUGGAGUUGUAGGCCUUAAAACGGGGCACUGGGUUCAGGUGCAGGCGCGCGCGGCUGCGUCCGCUCGGCUUGAUCGACAGUGGGGUUGA